AUUGGCGGCGCUGAGGGCGCGGGCGGGGCGCGGCGCGGGGCGGUGGCGAGAUGGCGGCGGCGGUUGCGGCGGAGUCUGGCCCGAGGCGCGUGGGCUUCGUGGGCGCCGGCCGCAUGGCGGAGGCCAUCGCGCAGGGCCUCAUCCAAGCAGGAAAAGUGGAAGCUCAGCACGUGCUGGCCAGCGCACCGACGGACAGGAACCUCUGCCGCUUCCGGGCCCUGGGCUGCCAGACCAGCCACUCCAACCGGGAGGUGCUGCAGAGCUGCUCGCUCGUCUUCUUUGCCACCAAGCCCCACAUCCUGCCGGCUGUCCUGGUGGAGGUGGCUCCUGUGGUCACCGCUGAGCACAUCUUGGUGUCUGUGGCUGCUGGGGUCUCCCUGAGCACCCUGGAGGAGCUGCUGCCCCCGAUGGCGCGAGUGCUGCGGGUCUCGCCCAACCUGCCCUGCGUGGUCCAGGAGGGGGCCAUGGUGAUGGCACGGGGCCGCCAUGCUGGCAGUGGCGAGGCCGGGCUCCUGCGGACCCUGCUGGAGGCCUGCGGGCAGUGCGAGGAGGUGCCCGAGGCCCAGGUGGACGUCCACACUGGCCUCAGCGGCAGCGGUGUGGCCUUUGUGUGUGCCUUCUCGGAGGCCUUGGCCGAAGGAGCCAUCAAGAUGGGCAUGCCCAGUGGCCUGGCCCACCGCAUUGCCGCCCAGACCCUGCUGGGCACGGCCAAGAUGCUUCUGCAGAAGGGGCAGCACCCGGCUCAGCUGCGGACUGACGUGUGCACGCCCGGCGGCACCACUAUCUAUGGGCUCCACGCGCUGGAGCAGGGCGCGCUGCGGGCGGCGGCCAUGAGCGCUGUGGAGGCUGCCACCUGCCGGGCCCGGGAACUCAGCAGGAAGUAGGGCGCAGGCACUGGGUGCAGGCCGUGGCCACCCCCCAGCCCCUUCCCGAGGACUCGGGUUCUCUCCAGCCUGCAGGCCAGUGGGGGAGCUGCUUGAGGUGUGGGAGGCUGGGUGGAGAACAGGUCCUGGCCAGCGGGGAUCACAGCGGGCUGUGGGCCCCUCUCCAGACCCUGAGCUCGCGGCCAGCGGCAGGUGGAGCUGGUCCUGAUGACCCUUCCUUGGGUCAAGGGUCCUGGAGGGUCCCAUGGCCUGGCCUCUGACUGCAGGAUUUGGUUCUUAGCAUGUCUGUGAAAGGACCAACAGGCCAGGAAAGCCAGCAACUUAGGGCCCUAAGCAAGGACGAGGUGCCUCUGGGUGCGGGGCAGACUACCUGCAGCCCAAGGCUCACAGGGGCCUCCCCACCCCACAUGGGCCCUAGUGCUGGAGCCCCUUCCUUCCACCCGCCAGCUGUGAGGCUCGCGGCAAAGUGAUCCCCGGGCUGUGAACAGGGCUUACACGGCAGCCUGCCCCUCACUGCCCGCACAGCGCUGAGCCCCCACCACUCCAGCCUUCAUGGGCGGCUGGCCCUCAGCCAGCGACUGUCCGUCUGACCCUGGCCCUUCCACCUGCUAGAAGGCUCAGCCUGAGUCCAUUUCGGCGCCUUUUCUUUCACUUUUGAACCGCGGCUGUCCUCUAGCACGGAGCAAGCAAUAUUUAACUGGAGGCUGGUCAAACCCAAUGCCAAGUGCCUGGAAGCACGUCUCUGGCAAGGCCCAGGAUACUGGCCCAGACUCGGAGCUGUGGGUGUAGGUGGUCUGGGCACAGGGCUUCCCAUCACGCGAGAGCUCUGCAAGGGUAGGCUCCCCCUGCCCCCGCCCAGCCCUCCAACCUCACCCUCAGCUGUACGUCCAUGGGUCCCCGCCACGUAUCUUCCAACAGAAUCCCUGAGGACCAGGCAGGGCUCGGCUUGGGGAGUGGAAGAUGCACCUCUGCCCAGCCCUGCCCUUAGGCGGUCACCUCCUGAAUGUGAGGUGCCCGGUGAGCCCAGCUGGUGAUGGCCCGUGACAGGAAAUGCCAGUUGAAGAGGGCCUGACCCAAGAACGGCAGCUUGGGGUGGGGGCGGGCAGGGUUGCAGCCCAGUCACUGGCCGGCCAAGUCCCUUCACCUUAUACUGCGAAGCUAAAAUUACUUUUCUCAGAAGCUGCUGGAUGUGAACUUUUUUCAUCAACGUUGUCCCUUUCCUGUACCCUCCCCACUUUUUCAAAUCAGGUGUUCUGGAUCCAAGCACUAGACAGUUACACAAAUAAGACUAGAACAGGGAUCAUGUGACGCUGGCGCAUCCAGCCUUUAUUAGAAAGCGUGCUGGGCCUAUCUGGCCGGCGACCUCUGCUGUCAGUGAGGUUGGCUGUGAAAGGGUCCCUCGACAGGGCAAGCACCCUUGCCCCCGGGGCUCUUGGGCCAGCAGGCUGGGGGUCCCAGGAGGCCCGAGCCCCUGCUGGAGGGUGCCCCAUUCCUCUCACCCCGCGCUCCCGUGCUCCAGCUGUCACCUGGGGGCUCAUUCCCAAGCGUGAGGCCCCUCGGGCAAGCUUGGCCUCACACGGGUUGCCUCUGAUGCUGCAGCCUGGUCUUGCCCUCCCAGCCCCCAGCUGGGCUGGCUUCAGCAGAAGCCACAAGCUCCCCUUUCCACCCGCAGUGCUUUCCUGCUGUGCCUACCACCAAGCCCACGGGGCCAGCCCUGACAGUGACUGACCAGGGGCUGCUUUUUGGAAUCAGUGAUCUUUACCGCCUUGAGGAUUUGUCAGAGGGCUGUGAACAGGAUGGGGAGAGCAUGGUGGCUGUGUCCCUGAGCACCUCCCAGGCCACAGGGGUCCCACACCCUCACAAGAGACGUGUAAUCCUUGAGGGCAAGAAACCCAGUCUCCAGCAUGGUGCCCAGCACUCUGCAGGUAGGGCUGCUGAAGGAGUUCAGGCAGCAACUAAGACCCCUCCCUCUGCCAUCAACCGCCUUAUCCUCAGCACAAACCGGGGAGCGGCUUAGAUGCCCCGGGCCCAGCAGGUGUCGGCAGUGAGGCCUCACCCAUUCUGCAGAGAAAAGCUGGCGUCUCCCACAGGAAGACUCUGCCCUGUGGUUCACAGUGAGGUGAGCCCAGGGAGGUGGGUGACCUCGUGCCAGAGCUGCGAUGGGGCCCGGGGUCACAAGGAUCAUUGCUGGGGCUGCGUUUGGGGCCAGAGCCACCCUCUUCGUGUGCAGGGCCCGGUGGCACCAGUGCCCCCAUUCUAGAGAGGACACCUUCGGAGGUCCUUGGGCGAGGUAGUCCCCAGCCCAGCAAAGCGAAGCGGCUCCCAGACCCACCCUUGAUGGGCCCCCUAACUCUUCAAGGCCCCAGGCCAGCCCGCGCUGUGCCUCGUUUCCA